AUGUGGCGAUCUGUGCGCGUUGCGUCCUUGCUCGCGUUGCUGUCUUUACCAUGGGACGUGAUAGCAGGGCACCAGAUACACCAGUACUACACCUCGAACGACGACCUCCUCCUGCAACGAGAUCCGUUCUCCAUCUACGAGAAGCGACCCGAAGACUGCCCGCCAUGCUUCAACUGCAACCUGGACGACUUCAAGUGCAUGCAAUAUGGCAACUGCACCAAGAGUAGUGGAAAGUGUUCAUGUCCGCCUGGAUUCGGUGGCGAAGACUGCAGCUUGCCUUUGUGUGGGUCGCUGGCAGAUGGCAAGGACCGCAUGCCCAGGCAAGGCAAUGCGCCUUGCCAGUGUGAUGAUGGUUGGGAAGGCAUCAACUGCAAUGUGUGCAAGACCAACCAGGCCUGUAACGCUAUGAUGCCGAAUGGCGAAGAUGGAGUCUGCUAUCGAGAAGGUGUGGUACAGAAAGAGAAUUUCCAAAUAUGCGACAUCACAAAUCGGAAGAUUCUGGAUAUGCUCAAGGAGAAGAAGCCACAGGCUACAUUCAGCUGUAAUGCGGAAAGAGCAGAGUGCAACUUUCAGUUCUGGGUGGAUCAGCAGGAGUCGUUCUACUGCGCGUUGGAUACUUGCAGUUGGGACAUGAAGGCGACUGACGAUCGCAACACGACGACAUAUCGCUGCGAGAAUCUGAAGUGCAGCUGCGUGCCGGACCGUAUGCUAUGUGGUGCUCCGAAUAGUAUCGAUCUUGGAGAUUUCCUGGACCAAGAGAUCAAGGGACCUGCUGAGUUCACGUCCGUGAGCACAGAUGGUGGCUCAGACAAAGAUGGUAGCAUUUUCUCUGAGCCCGCCAUGAACGGUCUGAUAUCAAGCGUCUUCGGUGAUAAGAGUAUCUUCCUGAAGUGCAACAGCGGAGAAUGCUUGUACAAGACUGAGGUCCCUGGCUAUGAGCGACCGAUAAAGACAAUCAACACCCCACUCAUCGCUGGUGUCAUCUCCGGGUGUGCGCUUUUCGUCGUGGCCGUGGUACUUUUGGUCUUCUUCAUGAGCCGGAGAGGCUCUGCACUCGGACAUCGAUACGGCCUCAUUCAUUUGUCUGACGACGAAGAGGAAGAAAACGCUAGGCUUCUGGCAGAUCACAAACCAGCUACGCUACACUUUGAGAACGUCUGCUACAAUUUGAAGGGCAAACAGAUUCUCACCAACAUCAUGGGCUCUGUUCGUCCCGGUGAGCUCCUAGCGAUCAUGGGUGCAUCUGGAGCCGGCAAGACAUCCUUCCUUGACAUACUCGCUAGAAAGAAGAAGUCUGGGCUGGUCACUGGCGAAUUCUGGCUGAACGGCGAAAAGGUGGCCGAUGACGACUUUCGUAGUGUCAUUGGCUUCGUGGAUCAGGAAGACACGAUGCUGCCUACUUUGACCGUACACGAGACCAUUCUGGAUUCUGCACUCCUCCGUCUGCCAAAGACUAUGAGCCGUGCCGCCAAGGAACAGAAGGUCGAAGACGUUGAGCGGCAACUCGGUAUUUAUAAUAUUCGACACCAGAUCAUCGGCUCAGAAGAGACUGGUCGCGGCAUAUCAGGUGGCGAGAAACGUCGUGUUGGUAUUGCUUGCGAACUAGUGACGAGCCCCAGCAUCCUAUUCCUUGACGAGCCGACUUCUGGUCUCGAUGCCUACAACGCUUUCAACGUGGUAGAGUCUUUGGUGACCCUGGUGAAGUCUUACAACAGGACAGUUGUGUUCACGAUUCACCAGCCUCGCUCGAACAUUGUUGCGCUCUUCGACCAGCUACUUCUUCUAGCACAAGGAAGGAUUGUGUACAGUGGGCCUUUCCGAGAGUGCCAGGACUACUUUGACACUGUUGGCUACUCGUGUCCUCCAGGGUUCAACAUCGCUGAUUACCUGGUUGACCUGACGAUGCAUGCCACCGCAGAUCUUGAUGCGGAUGACUUUGAUGAUACCAACUUCAACGGCGAGGUGGAUGGCCGUACAACGCGAGCUAGCUCUACCAUGGCUGUGAAGAGCAUACCAAGCGUGAGCAAUGUAAGCAUUGGCGAGUCGAUGGGCUCUGGUCAGACAGAGCCACUACUUAGACCCAAGGGUAAGCGAAAGACAAGCAUCAGGCAACAGCAAGAACGACAGCUCUUCUCGAGGAAGAGUACAGAGCAGCAACAGCAGCCACCCUCGAGUAAUCACAGCGCAAGUGAUGGCGGUUUCGGCGACCCCGAGAGUACACGACAGCAGUGGCUGAAGCUAUCGAAGCAGCAAGGCGCUCCACCACCGCAGAUACUGGAUGAUCCACACAGCCUGCCUCCCGCUACGCCUGGCGCAACAGGCACGAAUCUUGACGUACUCGUGACAUCGUACAUCCAGUCUGAAGUAGCUUCGGAUCUGCUAAGCGACAUCAAGAGCACCAUCUCAGACGCAAACGGCAGCAACGGACAUGCCCACGGCGGACCAAAUGGAAACACCAACGGCAAGCUCAAGGGCUAUGCGAAGCCAUGGAUCCACACGCAAUUCUUCAUUCUCUCGCGGAGGACAUGGCGCAAUCUCUACCGGAACCCUAUGCUCAUGCUUACGCAUUACGCCAUUGCCAUCGUCCUGGCUGUGUUUACCGGCUUCCUCUUCUACGGUCUUACCGACGAUCUGAAAGGCUUCCAGAACCGUCUGGGAUUCUUCUUCUUCCUGCUCGCACUAUUCGGCUUCAGCACACUUACCUCGCUCACCGUCUUUGCGCCAGAGCGGUUACUGUUCCUGAGGGAGCGAGCGAAGGGUUACUACCAUCCUCUGGCAUAUUACCUAUCGAAGGUCGUCUUCGACAUUGUGCCACUGCGCCUCAUCCCGCCUCUCAUCAUGGGCUGCAUUGUCUACCCAAUGACGGGCUUGAUCCCGGCGUGGGGAGAGUUCUUCAAGUUCAUCCUGUUCAUCGUGCUGUUCAACCUCGCAGCGGCGAUGAUAUGCUUGUUCAUCGGCAUAGUGGUACGCAAUGCAGGUGUUGCGAACUUGCUUGGUGUGCUGGUCAUGCUGUUCAGUCUGCUGUUUGGCGGCUUCUUGCUGAACCAUGAGACGAUUCCCAAGCCACUGCUGUGGCUGCAAUCGCUUUCGAUCUUCCAUUUCGGCUUCGAAGGCCUUAUUGUCAACGAGGUCCGCUAUCUUUCGCUCAUUGAUAAGAAGUAUGGUCUCGACAUCGAGGUUCCCGGAUCUGCGAUCUUGUCCAGCUUCGGCUUCAAUGUGCUAGCGUUGUGGAACGACGUGGUGGGACUGGCAGUGUUCUGUGGUGUGUUCCUUGUUCUCGGGUAUGCAGCUAUUCAUGCCUUCCUGGUCGAGCAGCGAUAA